AUGAAGGAGGCCACAAAUGCUAUUACGCGUGCGGACGCUCCUCAUAGCGCCCUUGCCAAGCUUCGGAGAGACAUGGACUUCAACAUCAUGAAUCCCCUGAGAUGUCAUGUCGUGAACAACAGGAACAUGAAGACGUACUUGGACAAGCGCAGGCGCCGACUGUUGGAGUUCAACAUCGCUAAGCGAGAGAUGGAUGACUGCGUAAAGAAGAAUCUGCAUCAAACAGACCGUCGAUACCUGGCAGCGCAGUCGCAGCUUGAGUCCGCCAAGUUGGCCUUCCAUGAGGUGGACAAGCACAUCUUUGAGUGGCUAUACAUUCUAGAGGAGUACAAGGGAGACAUCUUGGACUCCUGCCUGCAAACCUUGAAGUACUUGCAGUAUGAGUUUUUCGCAACGUCGGCUCAUUCCAUCUCAGGUGUGCUGCCUGCACGAAUGGAGUUCCGACCCAUGGUCGAGAUGACCCCAGAGCACUUAGAAGCUCAGGUAGAGAUGGCAAUUCAAGAGGCUGAAGAGAAUCCUGAGGAAGAUGUCGUGACAGAUUUCUCCGCGCGUUUGAUUGAGAAGCUCGCCAAGGAUAACAAGAACAAACCCGGCGAGGGCUUGGACUCCUGUGCAGAUGACGGGCCUUCGGUUCCUGUCGAUCCAUUGAGCUUGUCAUCGCUCCUCUCGCAAGGAUUCGAAGAAGGGCCUGCGAGACAGGCCUUGAGGAAGUUCAAGAAUGACACCCAGGCCGCGCUAGACUUUCUCAUCGGAGGUGGAGAGCACCACGAGGAAGAGCCGGAAGAGCAAGUUCGAAUGCCAACUACUGUUCGACGAGUCCAGAGGCUCAAGGAAAGACGAAAGGCGCAACAGGCCAAGCGGCAAAAAGAGGAGGAGGAGCGAAAGGCCAAGGAGGAGGGCCACAGGCAACGACUUGUUGGACCUGGCCGGCCGCUGCCCGAGCUCACAAUCAUCGUGGUGCUAGUGAUCCACGAAGUUAGGACUGGCCUUGAUGUUGCUGCAGCGGCCAGCUUCGAAGGCCUCGACGAACCUCCUCCACCAACGGAUUUCUCAAAACAGGUUGAAACUGUCCCUCUGCCAGAGCAGAUCACCUUGGACCUGUCAAAGUGUGAGAAAGGUCCUUUGGGCCCGCCAUCCCAGUCAAGCGGCUACUUGGGGUGA